AUGCCGGUUCGCAGGCGCAUCAAGCAAGAACCUCAGGACGAGCCCAAGCCGUCACCUUCACCACCUUCGCGCUCCCCAAGCCGAACACCUUCAGUGGAUGCAAACCGUCGGAUGGCACCUCCAGCGGCACCAUCAAACCACGGAACUCGACCUUUUUCCCGCUCGCACGCACCCAGCAUUGAUACACGUGCAGUCCACGCUGCAAACCAGGGUCAUCGCAGUGACGAUAUGCAGUCCGAGACGACUCAUGAUACUCCUCAGCUUAUGGAGCUGAGAACUCGGAACCCUCCUGCCCACAAUAACCACCAGCGCAGCCGGAGCACGCCAUCUUCCCAGACUGGCGACACCCUCAUGGUGAACCAAUCUUUUGCCGACAUUGCGUCAAAGGUAAAAGAUUGCAACGACGUCCUGGCCGAACUGCAACAGCUCGGUAUUCGAGAUUUUGCCCAACUUCCCUCGCUGGUCAUGGUAGGUGAUCAGUCUGCUGGCAAGUCAAGCUUAAUGUCAGGUCUUGCAGAGCUCGAUCUGCCGCGCAGUGGUGGUGUUUGCACCCGCUGCCCCAUUCACAUUCGCCUGAGCCGCCAUGACCGCUGGUCUUGCACAGUCUCGUUGCAGCAGGACUACGAUUAUCAACCACCCCAGGGCCGGAUCAGGAAAAAUAAUGUCAGCGACAGAGACCCAUUCCCACCCUGGAAGUACGUAGGGAAACGGGUCAAGAAUUUCAAAUCAAUUGAUUUCGAAGACCGUCAUCAGAUCGAAGAUGUCCUACGUUGGGCUCAGGUUGCUAUUCUCAACCACGAAAACCCAGCUUCGCUGUACGUCCCAGGUCAGGGGGCUUAUGCUCGAGAGCAUACGCUGCAGGAGGCCGCUGAGCAGACCCGUGCUCAAUUCUCACCCAACAUUGUAGCACUAGAAAUGAAGGGUCCCAACUAUCCAGAUCUGAGUUUCUACGAUCUGCCUGGAGUUUUCUCAACUCCUGCUCAGGAAGAAGAUGAGUACCUUGUUGAGGUGGUCAAGAAUCUGGCCAAAUACUACAUCAGUCGAGAAGAGGUUAUCAUUCUAUGGGCCCUCCCAAUGAAUAACGACCCCGAGACGUCAAUAUCCCUCGGUCUAAUACGGGAGGCCAAGGCACAAGGAAGAACAGUUGGUAUCAUGACAAAGGCCGAUAUGCAUCGUAAAGAAGACAUUACCUCUUGGCUGUCUGUUCUCCGUGGCGAGAAGCAUCGCGUCGGCUAUGGUUAUUUCAUUACAUCCCGUCCAGCUCUAGAUAACAAUGAGUCGCUUGAGCGGGUGAAUCAAUGGGAGGAACAAUUCUUCAAUGCCAACGACGAGGGAUGGCCUCAAGAAUUCGGACCCCACUACGACCGUUGUGGCGUUGCCGUCCUGACAGAAUUCCUGUCCAAACUCUUAGGACAAGCUUUUUCCAGUAGCUUGCCGCAGAUUGCGCAGAAGAUCCGCGAGGCCAAAAGAGAUAUCGAGUCCCAACUUUCAGAGCUUCCUGAGCUUCCACGCAAUGUGGAGUUUGAGGUCAGGCAGUCUCUUCAGCAGUUCAAAGAGGCAGUCAAGGAAGCCACACUGUACACUGACUUCCAGCCUCGCUGGAGUCAGCUCAACAAACAGUUCCAAGCGUGCAUUCUUGCUAUGAAGCCGACGUGCUUGGUUAGGACUCCAGGGCAGGCUCCAUACAGAGAAAGCCUUGACGGCACUGUUGAUCUAACCUCAGAUUCGGAGAAUGUGGCGGCCGAAACGCCCUCGAGAAAGCGGACGAAUCCACGGGCCAGCGACUCGACUAUCAGAAUUGCUACGCCAUCCAAAAGGCAGAGAGUCGAGGUCAGCACGCCCACAACUGUAAAGAUGGAGCAAUCCUUUUAUGGCAUGACACCCCAGAGUGGUCAGGGGACUCCGGGGCCUGAUCCGCAGUCUCCUUUCGCCGAAUUCUAUAGCCUCAGUCGCCGCGGCCUCGAUAUACGUCUGAUUCGAGAUGUUCUCGCUAGUCGAAGACGUGCUGGUAUGCCAGCUGACAUUGUCCCAUCGGACGUUUAUGACGUCCUGAUCAACAAAGCCAUCACCAAUUGGCAAAAGCCCAUCGAGCGCUACAUUGACCACACAAUGAGGCUGUUUAAAUCCAUGCUGAAUGGAGCAUUGAGCAAGAGCAUGGCCUCAUUGGCAAAACGCCUCAUUUUCGACGAGUCUAGGUCUUAUUUGGACGAAUACAUUGCAAAAAUGGACAGUCUUCAAUCGGCGGCAAUUAUGGAUCUCUUUCAGUCUGAGACUUAUGAGAUGUAUACGACCAAUGAGGAUGCAUACAACAGGUAUCGCGAGGAGGAACUCGCAACUCUUCAACGUGCUCGAUCAAUCGAACGUCUUCGCGCUAUUGGCGUAUUCAGCUUCGACUACAAGACUCGCCCAUUGACCAAGAUGACGCCGGAGGCCAUCGCCGAGGAGAAGGAAAAGAUUGCUAAGAACAUUACCAGACUUGGUCCCGACGAGUUUAGCCAUGAGCUCGAAGUCGCCGCCGUUGUGCGCGGCUAUUACAUCCUUGCGGGCAUGCGACUCGUCGAGGGUGUCACCCUGAGCGUGAAGUCGAAGCUGUUUCGUGACGUUGCAUCUGAUAAUCCGCACCAAUUUCUGAACAGAAAACUUGGAUUACACGAAGCUGAUUCUGAUACCUUCAACCGCCUCAUGGAGGAAGAUCAGGUGACUGCCACGAAACGCGAGCAAUUGAAACGCGAAAAGGACAAGCUGGAGAUUGCGAUGCAGAAGAUCAGCAACCUCCAGCUCGGCGACCGAAACGAACUGCUUGCUGACCUUGUUGGCAAUUCUUUCUAUGAGUCUGGCGCAGUGCACGAUGAGGUGAUGAGUGAUGAGAUCUGA